AUGUGGGCUUUCCUCGGCCUCGCCACCUUCACGUAUUUCUACAAGAAAUGCGGGGACUUGGUCACCGUGGCCAACAAGGAGCUGCUGCUGUGCGUGCUGGUGUUCCUGUCGCUGGGCCUGGUGCUGUCCUACCGCUGCCGCUCCCGCGGCGGGGCGCCCCCGCGGCGCCAGCGCCAGCACCGGGGCGCCCAGCUCGCCGUCUUCUCCGACGUCCUGGCCGCCCUGCCUCUCGUCGGCUUCUUCUGGGCCAAAUCCCCGCCCGGGGCAGAAAAUAAAGAGCAGCUCGCGGCCAGGAAGUGCAAAAAAGGAACCAAUAUUUCAGAAACCACCUUAAUAGGAGCAGCUGCCUCUCCAUCGAUAUCUUCUCAAAAUGAUCUGGAAGUUAUCAUUGUGGGAUCUGGUGUCCUUGGCUCUGCUUUGGCAGCAGUGCUCUCCAGAGAUGGAAGGAAGGUGACAGUAAUUGAGAGAGAUUUACAAGAGCCUGACAGGAUAGUUGGAGAAUUUCUGCAGCCAGGUGGUUAUGGUGUCCUUAAAGACCUUGGUCUUGAAGAUACAGUGGAAGAUAUUGAUGCUCAGGUUAUACAUGGCUACAUAAUUCAUGAUCGGGAAAGCAAAUCAGAAGUUCAGAUUCCUUACCCUCUGCUAGAAGACAAUCAAGUGCAGAGUGGAAGAGCUUUCCAUCAUGGGAGAUUCAUCAUGAGUCUUCGGAAGGCAGCUAUGGCAGAGCCCAAUACGAAGUUUAUUGAGGGUGUUGUGCUCCAGUUAUUAGAAGAAGAUGAUGCUGUGGUUGGAGUUCAGUACAAAGAUAAAGAAACCGGAGACAUCAAGGAACUCCAUGCUCCUUUGACUGUUGUCGCAGAUGGAAUAUUUUCCAAGUUUAGGAAAAACCUGAUCUCCAGUAAAGUUUCCGUUUCAUCUCAUUUUGUUGGCUUUCUUAUGGAGAAUGCACCACAAUUUAAAGCAAACCAUGCAGAACUUCUUCUAGUUAAUCCAAGCCCAGUUCUCAUCUACCAGAUUUCAUCUAAUGAAACUCGAGUACUUGUUGAUGUCCGAGGAGAAUUGCCAAGAAAUUUAAGAGAAUACAUGGUUGAAAAAAUUUAUCCACAACUACCUGAUCACUUGAAAGAACCCUUCUUAGAAGCCACUCAGAAUUCUCGUUUGAGGUCUAUGCCAGCAAGCUUCCUUCCUCCUUCACCAGUAAAUAAACGAGGUGUUCUUCUUUUGGGAGAUGCGUAUAAUAUAAGGCAUCCUCUUACUGGAGGAGGAAUGAGUGUUGCUUUUAAAGAUAUAAAACUGUGGAGGAAAUUGCUAAAGGGCAUCCCUGAUCUUUAUGAUGAUGCAGCUAUUUUCCAGGCCAAAAAAUCAUUCUACUGGUCAAGAAAAAUGUCUCAUUCUUUUGUUGUGAAUGUCCUUGCUCAGGCUCUUUAUGAAUUAUUUUCUGCAACAGAUGAUUCCCUACAUCAGCUAAGAAAAGCCUGUUUUUUAUAUUUCAAACUUGGUGGAGAGUGUGUUGCUGGUCCUGUUGGGCUGCUUUCUGUGCUCUCUCCUAAUCCUCUAAGUUUAAUUGGACACUUCUUUGCUGUUGCCAUCUAUGCCACAUAUUUUUGCUUUAAAUCAGAACCUUGGAUUACAAAACCCCGAGCCAUUUUCAGUAGUGGUGCUGUACUUUACAAAGCGUGUUCUGUGAUAUUUCCUCUAAUUUACUCAGAAAUGAAGUACUUGGUUCUUUAA